UCCAGGGAGGGUGACGCCAGCCCCUCUCACCCCGCCCCGUUCAACUCAGUCCACUGCGUUCAUUUCAUUCCUGCUCCCAUUCCGCGCAUAUUUCGCAUCCUUGGAGAGACGCUGCGCAUUUUACGCACUCAGCGCGUCCGAUUAUCCAUCAAACCAAAACCGUGAGGACACUCUGGAGUUGGCGGAGUGCUUCCCGAUGCUCUUGCGACUCCAAUCCGUGGAAAAGUGAGGGAAUUAAUCCAUAAAGCGGCGUAUGAAUCGAGGGUUCCUGCUUUCUGAAGAGGGAUUUGGACCAGCUUGCUGAGUUGUCUCCCCUGUACCAGACACUUUUGAUACUAUUAUUGGUAGUCACAAAUUGGGAUUACCGUUCUCGAAUCAGCAGCUAGCAUUAGCAUUCUGUCCCUAGUUGUUCGUAGCUGGCUGUCUCCGCUUGGAGGUAAUUAUUGCCAUUAGCAAUAACGUCAGCGCUAGGUUACUAUUAUCACCUUACCAAUAGCAUUAGCGCUGAGUAUACGUCAGCUGGUUAGCAUUAGCUGCCAAUAUGGAUCGCAGUAGCUGGAGCGGCAGUGAGAGUCCGGGGGAGGACAUGGAAAGACUAAGUGACUCUGGAGGGGAUAAAACAAUGGAUGGGGACCCUGAGGGGGUCUGGAGCCCCGAUAUCGAGCAGAGCUUUCAGGAGGCCCUGGCAAUCUACCCGCCCUGUGGACGGAGGAAGAUUAUACUGUCGGAUGAAGGAAAGAUGUAUGGUCGAAAUGAGCUGAUAGCCAGAUACAUCAAGCUCCGAACGGGCAAGACGCGGACGAGGAAACAGGUAUCCAGUCACAUCCAGGUUUUAGCCAGAAGAAAAUCCAGGGAGUUUCAAUCCAAACUAAAGGACCAGAAUGCCAAGGAGAAGGCGCUGCAGAGCAUCUCCUCCAUGUCUUCGGCUCAGAUCGUCUCAGCCACCGCCAUACACAGCAAGCUCCUGCCUGGGAUCGUACGGGCCAGCUUCCCCAGCAAUGCACAGCUGUGGCAGGGGAUGAUUCCUGGAGGACAAUCUAGCGCCGCCACUGAAGAUAUUAAGCCAUUCUCCCAGCAAGCCUACUCUGUGCAGACAGCGGGGAUCACCACAAUUCUAGGCUACGAGCCUCCUGCUGCAGCCCAAACACACAGAGAGCCAGCUUGGCAUGGUCGCUCCAUCGGCACCACCAAACUACGACUGGUAGAGUUUUCAUCUUUCCUGGAGACACAGAGGGACCAGGAGGCAUAUAACAAGCACCUGUUUGUGAACAUCAGCCAGAACAACCCGAGCUACAGCGACCCCAUGCUGGAGUGUGUGGACAUCAGACAGAUCUACGACAAGUUCCCCGAGAAGAAAGGGGGCCUGAAAGAGCUGUUCGCCAAGGGCCCGCAAAACGCUUUCUACCUGAUCAAGUUCUGGGCGGACCUGAGUUCUAAUGUGCAGGACGACCCGGCAGCGUUCUAUGGAGUCACCAGCCAAUACGAGAGCUCGGAGAACAUGACCAUCACCUGCUCCACCAAGGUCUGCUCCUUCGGCAAGCAGGUGGUCGAGAAGGUUGAGACGGAGUACGCACGGUUUGAAAAUGGCCGCUUCAUUUACAGAAUCAGCCGCUCUCCGAUGUGUGAAUACAUGAUCAACUUCAUCCACAAGCUCAAACACCUUCCUGAGAAAUACAUGAUGAACAGCGUGCUGGAGAACUUUACUAUUCUGCUGGUUGUGAGCAACAGAGACACUCAGGAGACCUUGCUGUGUAUGGCGUGUGUGUUUGAGGUGUCUAACAGUGAGCACGGAGCUCAGCACCACAUCUAUCGACUCGUCAAGGACUAACACACACACACACACACACACACACACACACACACACACACACACACACACACACACACACACACACACACACACACACACACACACACACACACACACACACACACACACACACACUUAUCAAACACACACACAUAAGGCCUUUUGCUUGGUGAUUAAUGGUGACAUUGGAGGUAAAAUGUCAAAAAACUGAAUUCUACAAAAGUGUCUUUCAGCCAAAGUACUCGACCUAGUGAGAAAGGAAAUGGCUUCAUUUUUACUGCAAAACAUCACAAUAAUAAUUGGGUAUUUUUUGUAUUAUUAAAAUCAUCUAUAAAUCAGUUUGCUUCAAGAUCCUCCAUUUCAACACAACAAUAUUCACUCCAACCUCUAUAUCAGAUGGUAAUUAGCUGUAAAAAAAAAAUACAUUGAUUAUUAAAAAAGCACAAUGAAUCACAUCAGAAUCUAACUGGGUGGUUUCCCCAAAAACAUUCUGAAUCUGAUAUCACCGAGAGACGUCUCCUCCUAAUUGGUUUCUUCCCUUUGUUUCUCCCAAUACAUUUGUAUUUUGCUGUUCUGUAGAUGGAAAUGAAAGUGUUAUUUCUGUCAAGUGCUUUUGGGAAAUUCCACCCUGGGAAAAUAAAUUAAAUUCCCUCCUCCCUGUGACAAAAGAGUGUGUGUUAUCUGCCAAGAUACUGACGGACACUGAAGGUCAGACCCUGUGUAUCAUCAAUAACAAGAAAAAAAAAAAACUAUUGCAUUAUGCAUCAUAUAGUACACGAUAGAGUUGGUUUUGUACAUAUAUCCACUGCAAAUUGUGUGAGCUAGAUUCUUGCACAUAAAAGAGGUUUGUUCCCAAAGAAAAUAACAUUUUAACUUUUUGUAUGUUUUCUUUAAAAAAAAACACAAAAAAAGAAUAGCUUCUGAACUUUGGGAAACUGUUUAUUGAUAGUAGCAUAUAGACUAUAUUUUAAUUCCAGGAACACUAUCUAAAAUGUAUGUUAAUAACAAGAAAGUAUAAAUGACAUGUAAUCAUUCAGGUACCUGUUUGUGCAACAAGCGUCUCUUCAUUCAGAUUGAAGAAAAACAUGUUAAAGAUACAAUCCUUAAGCUUUCAGUCCUGGCUCUUUUGGCAGCUAUUGACAAAUAAUAAGAUCAUCUGAAUAUAUUGAAUGGUUAUUGUUAAAACAAAUGCAGACCAAACUGGGUCAGAUUUCUGUACAAUCUUAAGGAUUAUAACUUUACAUUUUAAAUAGGUUGUGGUCAAUCAAUUGGGAAGCACUGUGACUCUUUAAAACUAUACAACAUCCUUCAUAAUGUUCAAGGGAAGAAACAUUCCAAACUGUUCAAAAUAACCUAUGCUUUUAAAAAAAAAAUCAUGUUUCACUUAGUUAAUUUAUCUUAGUUUAAUAAACUUAGUUCAGUAUUCUUGCACCAGCUAACUUGAGCUGACAGAUGUGUUUAAACCUGAAAUGUUCUUACGUCUUACAUAUUUGAAUUGCCCUGACUAGAAGCCAUGGUGCAGUGCUUCAUUUUAGGAAAGUGGUUGAAGACACAGUUCCCUAAAUAAAGGUUACUUUGUUUUUUCAGGUAUUUAAUGAAUAUACGACUUUACUUGUGUCCAAGGGUAGCCUCUGUUAAUUUUAGGGUCAAUUGACCAGUGUGUAAGGAUUUUCUACCAGAAAAGAUAGCUUUGCUAGCAAACAUUGUCACGUCCAAUGAGCGCAUAGCAAACUAUAAGCCAUGGCAUGGUUUUUCAUUUUGAGAGAAAGUGGUUGAAGACACAUUUCCCUUUAAUCAGUCCAGGACUUGUUUCUUCCAGUUUUAUGAUAGUAUGUCAGAAUUAAAGUCAUUUAUAAAUCAAAAACCAAAAACUGUUGAUUAAGUGUACUGUAGCAGGUGGUCAGAAGUGGUUUGUUUGUGUCAUGCCCAGCAGCAUGAAGUGCCUUUGGUUGGGAACAGCAGUAGACAUUUAUAAUCUGUUUCAUGAAAAUAAUUUGGUGUCGUAAAUGUGUGUAUAGAAAGGCAUUUGAGCUAAUAUAAAUGCAUAAUUACGUUUAUCAUGCUCCAGCUUUCAGCGUCUGAGGGCUAAAUAUCCAAAUUCCAUAUUUAAUGGCUGUUUCUUGUUGUAAUUUGUUCACAGUGAGCCUUUCUAAAGUAUCUUAAUUGUUCCCAAAUGUUAAUGAGACAUGUUCUUGUUUGCUUCUUUUAACGGCACUAUUUACAUGUAUUUGUAUUUGUGUAUUACAUGGUGGUUCAUGUUGAAACAG